AUGCCUCCCGACAGCCAUAUGUCACCAUUUAUUAAAGCUGUGAUUGAGAAGCAAAAAGAAAAAGAUCGUAAUAUUGUUCACGUCAGAGGAGGCAAAUAUCGAAACGCAUACACAGUCGAAAAGGACAUCCUUUACCAACAUUCACCAUAUCUUGGAGAAGCUUGCGAACGCUAUUCAGAAGGACUUGAGUGUGCCACUAUAGAAUUUCUUAAGACGAAUGAUAAUACUUUCAAGCUCUUCAGAGACUGGCUUUACAAGCAAGAGCUUGGCAGCGCUUAUGAGGAAAUUGCUGAAUGGAAAGCCGAAAAGGCGAAAAAUAGCAAAGGGGCUGACCUUGACAACAAAAGUAACGAAAGACCACUCAUAGGCUUCGAUGAAUCUAAAGGAAAUGACGACUUAAUGAAGAACAGCAACUCAAAGGGAAAGAUGAUUUUAGAGACGAAAAACGGUGAUCUUGACGACAGAAGUAAUGUAGCACUUACAAACUUUUGUUAUCCUCAUAUGACUGCUCUUCUGGAUCUUUACUUAUUUGCUGAUAUGGCUCGUGUACCAGCUUUGAAGAAUCAAUGUAUUAAAAAGUACUAUGAAUUUACAAAGGCGACGGGAUACAUCACAACUUCAUGGCUUUCCUACAUGUGGAAGUACACAACAAAAAAUAUGUUAAUACAUAAAUUCCUCCUAGAUUUACUCACAUGGGAGAUGCCUCCUUCACUGACUGAAACGAAUUCGAAAGACUUCCCUGAAGAACUAAGACUGGAGCUCUUAGUCAACAUGGGAUACGUCAUUCAGAUAGCCCGUCAUGGCUCAUCGGGAUUGGAAAAUAGUAAUCCUUUGAGAGAUUUGUCCAAUUACUAUGAAAAGAUUGACUGA